UGCCGCCUCUCUGCUCGCUGCUUUAGGAAACGUGGCCUUAACCAGACUCCAGAAGCAGCAGCGUAGAUGAAUGAGAAACACGCAGCUUCAGCCUCCACCUCCAGUCUCUCAGUCUCCGCCACAGAUCUAGCACUGCCCGUGGACCCCUGAAGCCCAACUUUGAAGAACCAUGUCUGAGGCAGAACAAGUCUCGGUCUCGGCCCCUGAGGCCGCGGCCGCCGCCGUCCUGGACGCCCUGAACGCCACGGACUCCAACGGGACCGAGGCGCUCAACGCUACGGCUAAAUUCGUGGCCACUCCGGAGGGAACGGCGCUGGCAUACGGCAGCCUGGUAUUCAUGGCACUCCUGCCCAUCUUCUUUGGAGCCUUGCGCUCCGUCACCUGCUCCAAAUCUAAGGAGCUCGGAGAAAAUGAUUACGAUUCUGGGUUCAGAAAUGCAGCAGACAUGCCAGAAACCAUCACCAGUCGAGAUGCGGCAAGGUUUCCCAUCAUCGCCAGCUGUACUCUGUUUGGGCUCUACCUCUUUUUCAAGGUAUUUUCUCAAGAGUACAUCAACCUGCUGCUCUCUGUCUACUUCUUCGUCCUGGGCGUCCUGGCUCUGUCUCACACUAUGAGUCCUCUGAUGUUCAGAAUCUUUCCAGCUUCUAUACCAAAUAAACAGUACCAGCUGCUAUUCACUCAGGGCUCCGGAGAGUCUAAAGAAGAAAUAGUCAACUAUGAGUUUGACACAAAGAACCUGGUGUGUCUGCUCAUCAGCAGUGUGGUGGGAGUCUGGUACCUGCUCAAAAAGCACUGGAUAGCCAAUAACCUGUUUGGCCUGGCCUUCGCCCUGAAUGGCGUGGAGCUGCUCCACCUGAACAACGUCAGUACCGGCUGCAUCCUGCUGGGGGGGCUGUUUGUCUACGACGUCUUCUGGGUCUUUGGGACCAACGUCAUGGUAACAGUCGCCAAGUCCUUUGAAGCACCAAUCAAAUUGGUGUUUCCUCAGGACUUGCUGGAGAAAGGCCUUGGAGCCAGUAACUUUGCCAUGCUGGGUCUGGGUGACAUCGUCAUCCCAGGUAUCUUCAUCGCCCUGCUGCUGCGCUUCGACGUCAGCCUGAAGAAGAACAGCAGGACGUAUUUCUACUCCAGUUUCCUGGCCUACAUCUUUGGACUGGGUCUCACCAUUUUUGUCAUGCACACCUUCAAACACGCACAGCCCGCUCUGCUCUACCUGGUCCCAGCCUGUGUCGGCUUUCCUGUCAUCGUAGCACUUUUCAAAGGAGAGCUCACAGAGAUGUUCAGGUAUGAAGAGUCCUCACCUGAGGAUGCGGCGGCUAAGGAGGAUUCAUCAGAAUCAGAUAAGAAGGACCAAUAGCAUCGUUGCCCCCAUCUUCCCUCAAACACCUUCAUCCAGCCUGCUGCCACCACAUUUCACAGAAGCCCAUCCCCCUCCCACCUCUCCAGCUUGCUGUUUGUCGCCGGGGGAAACGGAGCUCAUGUUGCCAACGUGUUUGUCUUUGAAAAACCAUGGAAGCAGCCGCUGGUCUCCGUGGUAACGGCUGCUGUCGUGCUACCAGUGGUGGUAUUUAUGAUUAAAGGUUGUUUUAUUACAACAGUAGAGACUCGGUGCCUACCAUGAUUUCUCUCAGCUGCACUCACACAGGAAGUCAAAACCUUGGCGGCGCCAGAUCGUAAAACAUCCAUGAAGUGAGUGUCAUGUCGGAUUUAUUGUCAGUUCAUGGGGUAACACUUUGUCUAGCAAUAUAUCUGUGGAAGCACCACAGCGUCAUCAGAUCCUCUUGUGUGUUUGCAGCUUGGCGGCUCAGAUAGACCAGGAAACCUUUUUGAACCUUUUUGAAGAAGCGCUUGGUUUAUCCUCUUAACAGCCUCAAAAGUGGAGAAAAAAAAAUCACUCGGUACAACAAGCGCUUCUGCCGUUUUCUUUCUUAACUUCCUUUUUCUUUAAAGCCUUCAAACAAAGAACCACGAGUCUCUUUGAAAAGAUGCCACAACACAAUCAAGUCUCAAAUUGACACACUGCUCCUGCCUAUACUCUCAGAUAUGAUGGAAACUAAUCAUCCUGGUGUGGUUCUUUGUCUGUGGGUUUCUUUGUUUCCUGGUGUAUUUGUUGCCGGGUCGCUAUUUGCUCUGCCUUCUGCUUUCUCACAUCAGUGUUUUCUGUUGGUUCAGUUUUGUUUUACGUAAUUUUAUUUUUUCAUUGUUAAAGGCCAGAAUUUUAAAACAAAAAAAUCCAGUUAAAAGUUUUAAUUGUUUGUUCAUUUGUCAGAGCUGUACUGUUUACACCACCUGUCUGAAUACUGACUGUACAUAUGAAUCAGUGGUUUAUCCCAGCUGCUUACAGAAGUAAAUUUCACUGAUAAGACCUGUGGUGCUAAUAUGGCUUCAAAUUAAAACCUGCCGUGUUGUUUGCUGCAGCAGCUGUUGUCACUUUCAGUGAUGGAGGUUAAUAGAGCUGUCUGUCAGUGUUGAGUUUUCUGUGGUGUGUAACUGGAGGUCCAACUCUGACAUGAAAACCUCAACAUAAAACUUUUCAGUCUGUGUUAGUAACUCUUCUUGCUCAGAAAAUUCUGCCUCUGCCUCCCUUAAAAGUUGAUAUUGUUGUUAUUUUGUUUCUAUUGUUUGCAAAUCCCAAAUUUAGACCCAAACCAACACUGUGUUAGUCCGUUUCUCCACACUUUGUGCCUCCUGUUGGUUCCUACUGAAGAUGUAAAACUUUCAUUUUCAGAACAGGCUCAGUAAUUUCCUACAGUGGCUGCUCACCGUAGUUUCUAUCAAACAGGAGGAGACAUUUGUUGGACUAUUUUCUGUGGCAGAUUAAUCCACAUUUGGAAUGGGAUUUGAAGACAUUAAGAAACACAUAUAAUAUCACCAUUAUGAUUUAACCCAUUUGUCGUCAAUACUUUACUUGCUGACUGUUAUCAGACUGUUUCACAUUUUAUUUUGUGUAUUUUUCCUUCAGUGGUUUAAGUUAAUUUCUAUUAAAAUCAACUUGCAGAGAUUUGAAACUUGGUGCUGCAGAGAGAUUAUCCAUCACAUGGAUCAUUGCAUCUGCUUUCAUUUUAUCUUUGUGUGAUAAUACAGUGCAGACUGUGAGAGGAAACACAUUGUUCAUUUGAAAAUGGUUGUUUUGUCAGACAUUUUAAAAAACAUUUGUUCAGAGGAUAUGUUGGACUCUGCUGAGUUACACCUGAAAGAUGUUACACAUGUGAAUGUUUUAGACACUGAGUUCUUCAUGGAUGAAUACGUUAAAACAGACAACACAUUUACCCAGAAAUCAAAGGGACCAAAUGUUUCCUCAAGCUGAGCUCCUUUCUGUUAGUUCUGGUUCUUCAGAGUCUGAAAAGUUUAACCAGUUAUUUAACCAGACAGGUGAGCAUUUACCUGCCUGGUUCAAUAAAGCACACAUAUGGCAGUUUUUCAGUCUUAAAGUUCUGGCCUAGGAGAGGAGUGUGACAAGAGGAGUAAAGGGAGGAGGCAGGCUGAACCUCCUCUGCUGAACAUUUCCAGUGCUCCCAGUCCUCAUUCUCAGACCUUAUUAAUGGAGAGGCUGCAAGGGGAGGGACCCAGUGGCCUCCUCAACCAAUAGGCUAAGAGAAUGAGCUAAGGAGACAGGAGGUUCAGGGAUUCUCUCAAAAGUGUCCUGCAACUGAUGGAUGUGAUCUAUGUUAGAACAGACUUGUGUUUCUCAAAUCUGAUGUUUUCAUGGUUAAGGAUCAACAUCCAAAGUCUUUGAAUGCCCCCCUUUCUUAAAAAUGGUACUAAGGUAAUGUCCCAAAGUUAAUAGAAAAAAGGUUUACGUCACCAAAAACUGAAAGUUCAUCCUAAUUUCAUAUAAAACAUCAUUUUUCAGGGAUGAAGUAAUUGGUUAACUUAAAGCUUUUCUGCAGCAAUGGAAAGAGAUUAAGCCUUGAAAGUUUUUAUUGGGUUUUGGACUGUUGAUCGGACAAAACAAGACAUUAUAUAGCUCAAACAGUUAGUCUUCAGAUUAGGCAACAACUAUAAAAAUAUUUGUCAGUUGCUGCCUUAAAAUUAAGGAGAACCUUAGUUUUCCAGACAAAGAAAAAACUAUCUUCUUUUUCUUGGAAAGCUAUGAAAUCGGAGACAUCACAAACAAACACAUGGAGUUCAUCUUCAGCUCUGACCCACAAAGGCAAACAGCAACACAAGUAAUGAAACCUAGAAAGUUUACAUGCAUUUUUUGUUUUUGUUUUUUAUGUUUAUCCCUUAAUUCAGGAGAGGAUGUAGGUUUGCAUAAAACAGUUGAGUUUUAAAGUGUACAAAACAAAUAUCAGCUCCUGCACAUGAUCUACACUUAUUUGAAAACCUUGUCAGGUUAAUACAAACUAAAACACACUGUAGCUGUUCAGUAAAUGUACUUUUGGUGUUGACGGUGGGCAGGGAUUUUUGUCACUUGGACUUACUCUCUUCACACCUGUGCUAUUACAGGGAUGCAAAGAUCACUUCUCCUAUAUGACUGAGUUCUAAGGUGGAAGCCAGACAUUGAUGAAAAAGUUUGAAUUUGUGGAAAAAUGUCAGAAUUUAUAGCUAAAAGUCUGAAUUCUGAUAUUAAAGGGCCACUCCAGUAAUUUAGAAUUACACUUCCAUAAAGCUGGUUGACUUACAAGAGAGUGAUUAAUACAUUAAUGGUCAAAAUUGAAGUAGCAGAAGUUGAAAUAUUGUGGUUUGCAGAGUGUGUCUCUAGUUCAGGCCAAGUUCCAAAAAACACUGGAAAAUACAUUUCCCAGAGAGCAACUUGAUAGAGGAUGUAAUACCACUGUUUUCACAAGUUGAGUUGAAGUAACAAUGACAAGUAAACUAAUCUUUAUGUAUAAAAUGGCGUAGCGGCCCUUUAAAGUCAGUUUCUUUAAGAGGAUUUGAGAAGCGUCGGUUUUUAUAGAAAAGUCAGAAUUACAAAAUUGAGUUCAAUUGGGAAAUUGGUGGGACAAAAGUCCCACUUUUCUGAUAUUUGCCUCAUAAUACUGACUUCAUCACAGAACUCAGAAUUCGUACUGUUUUAAUUAGUUGAGGUAAUUUUGUAUGAUUUAACGUCUCGCAAAAUUAAAACACAUCAUACAUCACCUCUUCUUCAGUACACCAUACUGUAUACAUGCUGAAUACAACAUGAUGUCUUGGAGACGAGUAUUGUAAUUUCGAAGACCAUUUACAGUUUUUUUUUGUUUUGUUUUUUCAGUACAGACAUUCAAGUUUUUUGUUGCUUGAGAAAAGCCAUUCUGACUGGAUGUAUACAGCCUCACAUUAAUAUUCUUGAUGUAAUGGAUGUUGAUGCUUUAUUAAGAGAUGCACAGUUUUGUAUUUUGGUGUAAAAAAUGGAAAAAAAACAAAAGGAUCAUUCUCAUUUUCAGCUCAGUGAAGUUCAGUAUCCCCUCAUUUUAGAUAUAUUGUACCUGAAACGUUUUUCUUUUUUCUUUCUCUUUCUCUCUCUGGUUGUAUUUGUGCAGGAGGUCGUUUCACGGCUCCAACUGUAUCUGUUUUAUUUGCAAUAAACUUUUUGGUGUUUUGAUCACCGUAUAGAGAAGCAUAA